AAAUGAAUGUUUAAAAGAGAAAAUAAUCCUGCGCAUUCAUCGAAUUUAGUUUUGCUUGUAGAUUUUCUACAGGAAAAGACGAAGAAAAGAGUCGAAAGAGAGAAAUCCGUGCAUGUAUGUGAAUAUUUCUAUUGAUAACUUGUAAACUUCUUGGAUAAUGUUACGAGAGAAGAGCAGAAUAAAAGUUUAUUUUAUGUUGCAUUGCCGAAAGACUAGAAGUUAAUUUUCAAAAAGUUAAAGUUUUGAAUUUCAAGUUCUUUAAAACUUUCAUUAUCUACAUUCUCGUAAAUUUGUUGAAAACAUUUUGUGUACAUUGAGUUAUCGAAUAUAUUUACAAAGUUCUCAAAAUGGAGACCGCCUUCGGAUGUUUUAGUUUGGAAGGAUUUGGAAAUUUUUAUGCUUGGUGUUGUUUGAUUACUGCAAUCAUCUACAUUGCAACUUCUCUCAUCGUCUCAGUAAUAUUCAUCAUUGAUUACAACGAAGCCGUGCUCGCAGUUGCUUUGAUUGUUUUGGUAUUUUCAAUCAUUUAUUUGUAUUUUGCUUACGAACUAUUUUCUGGAGUUCGCAACCGAAAUUCUACGAGAGUCAAGAAGUUUCUCAUUUGGUGUGUCAUUGACAUUCUGAUUGUAAUAGCUGUGAUUGUUGCUGUAGCUUACUUCGGGUAUUUCUCACAGCUUCCAUCAACAGCUGCUUCAUUGAUUCUUGCAAUUUAUAUUUACUUCUGUAUUGAUGCUUUGCAAAAGAAAUUUGCUGCUGAAGAAUCCUCCGGCGUUAUUAUGAACUACAAUCAUGAAGGAAAUGAUAUUUUGAAACAGAAAAAUAAUUUCUUACCGGUUUAAGUCACCUGUUGAUUGAUUCCUAUCGCCUUCAAACGAGUGCAUUACCAACUUAAUGAUUAGUAUAAAUUAAAAUCUCAAAUUUCUCUUAAUUAAUGUUGUUCAGUUGAUCAAAAUAUUGAAAAUAAAUAUUUACAAAAUAGAAAAAUCAAACA